AUCGCCAACGAAGGGGAGUGAAACUACAGCUGCAAUAUUCAUCAGUCACCAAUAUCCACCGGCCACCUUAUAUAUAUACAUAUCUAUCCACCGUUACACCGUUAACAUCGAGGGAGGAAUGACCUGCAACUGCGUGGCCUGCAAAAGGGAAGUUCAAGCUGGAAACAAACCAGUCCACGAUAAACAGGUUCAUUGGGCGCCGAGGGAUGCCAGCCAAAAUAUACUGCGACAACGCGACGAACUUCGUGGGAGCAGAGAGGAAGCUGAGGGAGCUCCGGGAAGCCUUUCUGGCACAGAAAGAGGAGAUUCUCCAAUACGCCGCCGACGAAGGAUUCAUCUUCGCCUUCAUACCUCCGAGGGCACCCCACUUCGGCGGCCUGUGGGAAGCAGCAGUGAAGUCGGCCAAACAUCUGCUGGUGCGCGCCGUAGGCAACGCGCUGUUAACCGCCGAAGAAUGCGCAACGCUUCUCGUCGAAGUAGAAGCGGUACUGAAUUCCCGACCGCUCGCACCACUCAGCCACGACCCCAACGACGGCGAGGCGCUAACGCCGGCGCAUCUUCUAAUCGGUUGCCCCUUGCGAGCUUUGCCACCGGAGAAGGUACCCGUCAACCUCAGCCGCUGCUUAGAGAGAUGGCAGCUUGUUUGCUCUCUCAAGCAACAAGUUUGGCGCGCGUGGUCGAAGAGCUACCUUCUGGAGCUUCAGCAGCGCAACAAAUGGGUGCACCCGCAGCCCAACGUCCAACCAGGCCAACUCGUCGUCGUCCACGAAGACAACGUACCACCGCAGCAUUGGGUGCUCGGUCGAGUAACCGCAACCAUUCCCGGAGCGGACGGCAAAAUUCGAGUCGCAGACAUCACUACUAGGUCGGGUGAAGUACGACGCCCUAUUCACAAACUCGCCGUGCUGCCGGUGGAAAACAAGAAUUGAAGGCUGUUGGAUUCCUUCAAGGUGGCCGGUGU